GUCCUCCCCGCGACACCCGCUGCAGAGCGGGCCCCGGCCCCCGGGGUGCGGUCCCCUGGCGGGGCCGAGUGCCAGGCGACUCAGCGCCCUCAUCUUCGCCCAGCGCGGCGGGGCCACCGCGCGCGUCGGGCCCGGCGCGGCGCUGCGGGCCGGGACGGCGGCGAUCGGUCGAUCGAUCAUCGAUCAUCGAUCGUCG